UUUUCUUGUGCGAAACGUGCAAGGUCAACCGGACUUCCACAUCAGACCCGAAGGCAAAAGGUUGUUGCAUUCGAGCAGGAUGGGAAGCAUGGACUAACCCAGCGCGGGCCAGGCCCGCCAGGUUCCUUUUAAUGAUCAUAUGGGCGAGGCUUCUCAUUUCCGCCAUAUUUUAUGGCGGUUUACCCAUCCCAACAUCUUCGGACGCAAUAUCCGUGGUGCAUGCAGCAUUUUUGUCGCUUGGAGUAGUCUUUGACCUUGUCAUCCCUGCUAUCUUGUUCCUUUGGGUAUCAUUUGCGCCGAACCGCGAGAUAGCCCGGAUUGAAGACACUGAAGCAUCCGAGUCCCCUCGCAAAGAGAGUAAAGCCGGAGCGAAUUCAGUCAAGGAGUCAUGCACUACUCCGACCAAGUGUACUAGGAAGAAAGCUGCGGAGAAAACACCGCCAUCGACUCCAAAAAGAAUCGAUACAAAGACACCCAAGUCUUCUCCAGCCCCUCAAGAAGAUAUGGAACUCAGAGCGAGGCCACGUCAUGAGCCGUCUGCUACUCCGAUCAAGUCUCCUAAGACCAAAGGUGUUGGCAAAAGAUCGAGAAAGGUAUUGGAUAGUCCUCCGACGACUGGGAACGAGAAACCAGCCACCAAUGUCAGUAGUAACAUGACACCUCCGCACCACUCGGGAACAACUUGGCCUAUAGAUACCUCGACUCCCCCUGCACUUGGCAAGAUACUUGAGCGCUCAUUUGACUCCAAUCAGGCCAGGUAGAGGGCAAGGUUCCGCUUGAUGAUCUAUGGUCUUCUAUUGUUUUCUGUUUUUGAGGUGUAUUGAUCUGCAGCUGUUUGGGAUGACUUUUCCGCGGUUAGUCUUGGCAUGACUCUUUCUCGGCUUGUCUCCGCACACUCAUUAUUCUCAUGUUCGAUAAGAGGGUCCGACCCUCAGGGUCG